AUGAGAAACACCCUCUCGACCAGCGGGGUCACGGUGAGGGAGAGGGGCCGUAACCGCAGCUGGCUACUCUCUAGUAUCAUCAUGGUCAAUGUCCUGAUCCUAGGUUGUGCUCUGGUCAGUGGCAGUGUCUUCAACAACGUCAAGAUCAACACCAUCAACCUGCAGAUCUUCCUCAUCCUCCUCGUCAUCCUCACCACUGCCUGGAUGCUGUACUACAUCAUCUACACAUCCCGGGAAGAUCACGCCGUGCUCUACAAGGAUAGCCAUGCUGGGCCUGUGUGGCUCAGGGGUAAGAGAAGACACAUGCUCUUCUGAUCUUCUGGGUCUACGGCUGCUAAAUUCCAGAAACCUUUCCAAAGUUCCCAAUUGUUUUGUUUUUUAAUCCCUAGAAAUCACUGGACAUUAAUAAUCUCUCUCUCUGUUCAAAUCACUGGACAUGGUACCCACGAGUUCAUCUGACUCUGGGGAAGUAAUUGUCCCGGACCUGCUGCUUUCAGCUCUCCCUCUCUCUCUCUCUCUCUCUCUCUCUCUCUCUCUCUCUCUCUCUCUCUCGCUCUCUCUCUCUCUCCUCUCUCUCUCUCUCUUUCUAUCUCACGCUCUCUCUCUCUCUCUCUCUCUCUCUCUCUCUCUCUCUCUCUCUCUCUCUCUCUCUCUCUCUCUCUCUCUCUCUCUCUCUCUCUUUCUCUCUCUCUCUCUCUCUCUCACGCUCUCUCGCUCUCUCUCUCUGUCUCUCUCUCUCUCUCUCUCUCUACCGCACCUGCUGUCUCGACCUCUGAAUGCUCGGCUAUGAAAAGCCGACAUUUACUCCUGAGGUACUGACCUGUUGCACCCUCUACAACCACUGUGAUUAUUAUUUGACCCUGCUGGUCAUCUAUGAACAUUUGAACAUCUUGAAGCACAAUCUGGCCUUAAUGGACAUGUACUCUUAUAAUCUCCACCCGGCACAGCCAGAAGAGGACUGGCCACCCCUCAGUGCCUGGUUCCUCUCUAGAUUUCUUCCUAGGUUCAUGCCUUUCUAGGGAGUUUUUCCUAGCCACCGUGCUUCUACAUCUGCAUUGUUUGCUGUUUUGGGUUUUAAGAUGGGUUUCUGUAUAAGCACUUUGUGACAACUGCUGAUCUAAAAAGGGCUUUAUAAAUACAUGUGAUUGAUUGAUUGAAGUAGAUAAAGGGCCUCAUUGCCAACAUCCCGGAGUAUCCCUUUAAUAAUCUCUCUUUCUGUUAAUAUCACUGGACAUUAAUAAUCUCUCUUUUGAUUGGGGAAGAGUUCUAUUCUAAUAGGAUGUCAUUUACCUAGAUACAGUUUUACAUUCACCCAUUGUCUUGAAGGAGUGUGAUUAUUGAAUAAGUGUGAGUGAUUGAAUGAGUGUGAUUAUUGAAUAAGUGUGAGUGAUUGAAUGAGUGUGAUUAUUGAAUAAGUGUGAGUGACUGAAUGAGUGUUGAAGGAGUGUGAUUAUUGAAUAAGUGUGAGUGAUUGAAUGAGUGUGAUUAUUGAAUAAGUGUGAGUGAUUGAAUGAGUGUGAUUAUUGAAUAAGUGUGAGUGAUUGAAUGAGUGUGAUUAUUGAAUAAGUGUGAGUGAUUGAAUGAGUGUGAUUAUUGAAUAAGUGUGAGUGAUUGAAUGAGUGUGAUUAUUGAAUAAGUGUGAGUGAUUGAAUGAGUUUGAUCAUUGAAUAAGUGUGAGUGAUUGAAUGAGUGUGAUUAUUGAAUAAGUGUGAGUGAUUGAAUGAGUGUGAUUAUUGAAUAAGUGUGAGUGAUUGAAUGAGUGUGAUUAUUGAAUAAAUGUGAGUGAUUGAAUGAGUGUGAUUAUUGAAUAAGUGUGAGUGAUUAUUGAAUAAGUGUGAUUAUUGAAUAAGUGUGAGUGAUUGAAUGAGUGUGAUUAUUUCUAAUUUGAUUUCAUUGUACUAUUUUCUCUAGGUGGUCUGGUGCUGUUUGGCAUAUGCAGUCUGAUUAUGAAUGUGUUUAAGAUUGGUAACUACGUAGGCUACCUGCACUGUGACUCCGCUGUGAAGAUAGUGUUCCCUGUCGUGCAAUCUGUAUUCAUACUUGUCCAGGUAAGAACACAAGUUCUGCCAUCUCAAAUGGAGCUACCAUUAGGGGAUAUGAUAUUAGGGAAACCCCUGAGGGAUUUGGCUGGUGGGAAAAAUGCAAGUCUAAGUAAACAUUGUAUCUUUUUCAGACAUACUUCCUCUGGCUCCACGCUAAAGACUGUGUACAACUACAACGGAACAUAACUCGGUGAGCGGAACUAACUGCUACUGUAUAACUGAAUUUAUUAUCAUUUAUUUAUGUUGUAAAUUGUAUAUUGAUGGUUGGACGUUUUAACAUUCCCCUUGGGAAACAUAAAGUAUAGUAUAUUAUAUUAUAUUCUGUUCUAUUCUUAGAGAAUUAAACAGGAUAUAAAAAUAGAAAGUAUUCUGUUCUGUUCUGAACUCCUGUGUUCCCUCCUGAAGCUGCGGGCUGAUGUUGACUCUGUCUACCAACCUGGUGUUGUGGAUGGCAGCAGUCACAGAUGAGUCCAUACACCAGACUGUUGUUCCACCAGAGGACAGCAACAGCACACGUUCCUAUGACAUCAGAGGUAGAGAAUAUUGUGUUGUUGAAUCUUCUCUCUACUAAAUCUAAGUAAAAUACUAAAGGGUUGGGGUCAAUUCAAUUUCAAUUCAGAAUGUAAACUGAAAUGGGAAUUCCUUGUGUAAAUAAUAAAAUAAAAUAAAUAUAUUUACUGAAUUGAAAUAGAAUUGUCCCCAACCAUGAAAUACAAAAGAAACAAACCAACAUAACAAAACAUCACCUCACAGAGUCAAACAAUGAAGCAAAUCUUUUCUCCCUCUUAUUUCAGCCCCUGGCGGAUACAGCAGCUGUAAGUGCAGUCACUCUGCCUGUGCCAUCUUAGAGAAGGCCUACUACUACCUGUACCCCUUCAACAUUGAGUACAGCCUGUUUGCCUCGGCCAUGGCCUACGUCAUGUGGAAGAACGUGGGCCACUUGGUGGACGAGCAUAACCACCACUCGCUCCAUUUCCGCCUGAAGGACGUGCUGGUGGGGCCUGUGGUUGGGCUGGUCAUGCUGGUGGCGGGCCUGGGAACCUUCGUCAUCUAUGAGGUGGACAUGGAGAAGGGGGACCCGGGGAAACGUGACACGGCACUGAUGAUACACUACGUGAUGAACACGGUGGCUGUGACGCUCAUGUCCGUCUCGACCGUGGCCGGUUGUGCCAUCUACCGGCUGGACCAGAGGGACCACGUGUCGGGGAAGAACCCCACUCGGAGCCUGGAUGUAGGCUUGCUGAUAGGCGCCUCCAUUGGACAGUUCACCAUCUGUUAUUUCACCAUCGUGGCUGUGGUGGCGACAGGGGCCAAGGGCCACCUCAACGUUCUCAACCUGGCUGUCUCCCUGCUCACUGUGAUCCAGCUCUGCCUGCAGAACAUCUUCAUCAUCGAGGGCCUGCAUCGCAAGCCUUUCCACGAAGACGUGCAUCAGGCAUCCGUAUUCACAAACCCAUACGUCCUCCAAGCCCAAGCCCAAAGAGACAUACACAACCUCCCAGGGAUGUUCAUGGAGACCAAGUUGUCCCCGGCCCUCACAGUUUGCAGUAUGCAUGUUGCUCCUUCUGCUCCUUGUGGCUCCCCCCUGCCUCAACGCCAUAGGCUGACCUGGAAGAGGAGGACCCUGAAGGAGAUCUGUUCAUUUCUGCUGCUCUGCAACAUCCUUGUGAGUAGCCUACUGAGUACCCACAACUGUCCUUUUAAAGGGCUUGUUAACCUAGGGUGUUGUCCUUUCAUCCAAAACAGUUUUUAUUAAGUACCCUAGGUACGUUGAAAAUAAACUGAAACUACUGAACCAUCCCUUUAAAUGAACUUUUCUCCUGUUUGCAUAACUUGCCCAUGAGCCAAAAGGGCUCCCUGCGAUUUGUGCAGUACAAUACAUCAUAUUAGAGUAUGAUCGUAAUUAGUAUGUUUAGGUUGAAAGAUUGUACUGAACAUCUUUGCUCUGUUUCCAAUGACAGCUCUGGAUCAUGCCGGCGUUUGGCGCCCGCCCUCAGUUUGACAACACGAUCGGAGCAGAGUUCUAUGAGUUCACCAUGUGGGCAGCUGUUGUGAAUAUCGCACUCCCCUUCGGAAUCUUUUACCGUAUGCACUCGGUCGCCAGCCUCUUUGAGGUCUUCCUGACCUCAUAAGUAGGGAAAUUACGGAAACCAUUCUGAACAUGUUUAAAGAUUGUUUUUUGUAUAAUCUUUUUUAUUAAUAAUUAUUAUAAACAAAUGAUAAAUUCCCACACCAAAUACAAACUUAUACAAAUGAACAACAAGUUACAGA